AUGGAUAGGGACUGCGUUCCUGCAGUACCCAAGCCUCGAAAGCGACGAACAGAAAGUGCCGUCGGGCUGGAAACGGAGCAACAUGGCAUGUCGCUGCUGGAAUUCGCCGGGCCCUCCUCAUCCUCGACAGCAGGUCCUCCUCCACAGUUUGACGCAGCUCGACACAAACAGGCGGACAAAGGGGCAGCGGAGAGAAACUUUCUCCUGGGGCGUCAUGACUUGUCCCAUGUCGAUAGCAAGUCAUUUGUACAACUCUUUCGUCAGGGCCUUGGCAAUAUCCUGGCACUCGAAGAGCUCCUACAUGGCGUCGACUUCAACUUCGUCAGCAGUUCAUUCACCAUCUUCCGACAGCUCACGCCUCACUUCCCCUUCAUUGAGCUAUCACCUGGCGCCGACAUCAUUUCCAUGGUGGCUCAAAGACCCCUUCUGACGCUCGCGAUAUGCACAGUCGCUUCGGCUGCGUACCCAGAACUGCAAGAGAGGCUCAGCCAGGCCUUUCAGUAUGCUCUCUCACCAAAAGUCAUCCUCGGCAGCGAGCGAAGCAUGGACCUUCUCACAGGCCUGCUGGUGUACUUGGCCUGGCACCAUCAUUACAUGACACAGCCUCAGGUAUACCACCAACUCUACUUGCUAGCCGGUCUAGCAGCAGACUUGGGACUAUACCGACCGAGACUGGAUCCCAUGGAUCCUCCCAGCGCACUAGAGAGAGACCGAGCAUUCGUAGGCUGCUACUACCUCUGCAGCAGCCUCUCUGCCGCAGGGUUCGACAAGCCAAGCCCACUGCGCUGGACCCGUAAUCUACGCACAUGCGCCGAAAACGCAGCCAUAUCCGGCACCCUCUCCUCCGACCGCUCCCUCGUACCCAUCCUCGAACUCGCCCACGCCUUGGACGAAAUGGAAGAAAGCAUCCGCCACGACAUCGCCUCCCAAUACGCUAACCCUCUCCCCUACGUCGACCUCCAAACCAAAGCCACCAGCCAACGCCUCAAAGCCCUCAAACGCGAACACUCCUCCCUCGCCAGCUCCCUCGCCUUCGAAGCCGCCCAGAUCCACAUCUACCACCGCCUCCUCCGCCUCAGCGACACCCCAGACUACCCCAUCCUGAUCCAAUGCGCCUGCGCCAUCAAAGAGUACCUCGAAAACCUCACCUCCCGCCCCCCGCCCACCCUCCACCAACUCCCCAUCGUCGACUGGGCCCACCUGCUCGAAAUCCUCGUCCUCAUGGCCCGCAUCUCCAAACCCCUCCCCAACACCAGCAGCUGGGAAGCCGGCGCUCUGGCCUCCAUGCUCCAGCCCGACGUCGUGCUCGACGGGCUCUGGAACCACGCGAAUUCCGCCCCGUCGAACGACCCCCUUGCGCCGCGGCAUGAGGCGCUUUUGCAGUCGCUCAGGAGGGUCUGUGAUGGUGUGAAAAGGAUUCUGGCGACGGGGCAGUCGGGGUCGGAGGGGAAAUUUCGGCCGGCGGGAGGGGAGGGAGAGGUUGUGGAUGUUUUUAAGGCGUAUGGGUAUGGGGUUUUGGAUCCGACUUUUUUGAAUAGUCUUAUCGCGGCAUGA